AUGCACUACCCAGAUAUGCUGCGCUUGUGUGAGGCUGCACCGCUUGUCUUGAAGAUGCGAGAAGCGAUGGCUGCACGAACAAUCGGGGAAGCGGAGGUGUUGGCGUGGAGCUCGAGUAUUCGCCGGGUGUUCAUGCCACCUACAGAGCUGAAGCCAUCGCCAUCCGACACAGACCAGAUCUCGACAUUGCUGCAGCAUGUACAGCACCAAACAGAGAAGAUUGAAGUACUUAUCCUGCAAAACAAGCGGCUAGAAGAGCGACUGUUAGCAGUAGAGAAUCAUAUGCAAGUACCUGUGUCCACCUCGUCUCAGGAUCCGCCAAGCGUACGUGCAUCGUCUUCAGCAGCAGAAGGCCAGUCGACGACAAAGGUUGCUCGAGCUAAGAAGAAAGGGUCGCAAUCCUUGGCUGCGAUAUGGUUCGAGUGGUUUACCGCUGAGCCUCGAGUGUAUGCUUCGCCUGUCGUAAAGAAGACAACGCUCUACGAAUUUAGACAUAUCACAGGCUACAUGAUGCUCUUCUUACCGACGGGCUUUGCCCUGGAUGUAGCCUCUCCAGCUUACAAAGACAAACAACAAAAGCUACACUCUUACUUACAAUUUUUGCUUUGA